AUGGUUAGGACCAGAGGAUUAGGUCGUGCCUUAGGUCACGUUACUGGCAGAGGUGUUGGUAGAGGAGAUCGUGAUGAUUCCGAUUAUGCUCCGCAGCGUCGACGGCUUACCGCAUCCGCACGGAGGCAGCGAGUCGUUGUGACUGCGGUGCACGAUGAGCCAAUGGUCCCUGCGCCAGAUGUUGAGGCUGAUGUAUUUCCGGAUGACCCGAUGGCACCAGUUGAUUCUAAGGACAUUGUGUCAGACAUUCUUGUGGACACAAGCGCGAAGGCUGUUGAGGAUGAGCAUGAGGGAUUUCCGGGUGGUCCGAGCGACCCAUCCGUGUUGACCCAGUAUGCGGAUCACGUUGCUUGCAGCGUAUGGACGGGAGAGGAGCGUCCUGAGUUGAAGUUAUCCUCUCACGGGAGGAAGGUCCAUAGUUUUGGCAGGCCUGUCCCUACCAUUGAGGGACUCGUUGCUGGGACAGGACUAAGUCCUCUGAUCGCGUGUUCGGUAGACAUCGAUGAUCAGAGACUUUUGUCCUUGUUUGUGGAGUGGUGGCACCGGGAGACGUCUAGUUUCCAUCUCCCGGUGGGAGAGCUCACGAUCACGCUAGACGACGUCUCCUCGCUUCUCCAUCUACCCGUGAGUCUGCCAGGGCUGAGACAGCCCAGUGUCGUGGACCGUACAUACGCCUAA